GUUGCUGAGGUGGCCGUAGGAGCACGAGAAGAAGAUGUCCCUAAGGUGGAAGAGCUGAGGGCCCUUCGUCAAAUGAGGCAGCAGGCUUUUGCUGAGGUCCUGGCAAGAGCAAUGGAAUGUGAAGUCCCUAAGGAGGAAACGCUGCAGGAACUUCCUGAAAGGAGACAGCAGGCUGUUGCUGAGGUUGCCGCAGGAGUACAGGAGAAAGAUGUCCCUAAGGAAGAAAAGCUGCGUGCCCUUCCUGAAAGGAAGCAGAAGGCUGUGGCUGAGGUCAUCAAGAGAGCAAUGGAAUAUGGAGUCACUGUGGAGAAAAAGCUGCAGUCCGUUACAGUAAGGAGGCAAAAGACUGUUGCAGAGGUGGCCAUAGGAGCUCGAGAAGAAGGUGUCUGUAAGGAGGAAAAUGUGUGGGCCGUUCCUGUCAGGAGACACCAAGGUGUUGCUGAGGUUGCCGCGGGACAAACAGGAUAUGGUGUCCCUGAGGAGGAAAGGAUGUGGGCCGUUCCUGUCAGGAGGCAGCAGGAUGUUGCUGAGGUGGCCGCGGGAGCAACGAAAUAUGGAGUCACUGUGGAGAAAAAGCUGCAGUCCGUUACAGUAAGGAGGCAAAAGACUGUUGCAGAGGUGGCCAUAGGAGCUCGAGAAGAAGGUGCUUGUAAGGAGGAAAAUGUGUGGGCCGUUCCUGUCAGGAGACACCAAGGUGUUGCUGAGGUUGCCGCGGGACAAACAGGAUAUGGUGUUGCUGAGGUUGCCGCGGGACAAACAGAAUAUGGUGUCCCUGUGGAGGAAAAGAUGUGGGCUUUUCCUGUAAGGACGCACCAGGCUGUUGGUGAGUUUCCUGGGGUCUCUGGAACCAUGGAGAAUGAUUGGGUGUUGGAGAGCCUGUCUGACUCUGGAACCGAUGAUGAAUAGUCGUCAGAUAGGGAACUGCACUCAGAAGGAUUGGUUGCUGAUCGCUUAGAUUCCACCCACAUCUGCCUAAUUUACCCCAAUAACCACCAGAAGCCUAGCAGAACAGACUCUCCGGAGCCAAGCAUAGACGAGAGGCCCACGGAAGAGGGUCUGCCUCCCUCCCGUUGCCACUAGGCCCCUCCAAAGCGGACCACCGAAGGCAAAGCGAGCUGAGCCUGCACCUCCCGCCCCUGUGCACCUUGCAGACCCACCCCGGCUAAUACGCCAGAUC